UAUUGUUAAUUCUAGAAAUUGCCAGAGGUUUGUUGACAAAAUAAGGUCGGGGUGGCCUCAGAGGCCAUCUACCGCGCGAGCCAGUAAUUAAAGUUACAACUUACAGGAAGGCAGAGCAGUGUGCACGAUCGAGCCAGAAAGAAUGGGGUUCCCAGCAAAGUUGAAGGCGAAGAGCAGCACCGCCAGCAACAGUAGUAGUAGUAGUACCAGCACCAGCAGCGACAACUGGGGCACUGGUCUACUUCUAGUCUUCUUCCCCGAGGACAACCAUUCCAUUAAUGGCAAAAACAAGCUUUUCUCCUCUCCAUCUUCUUCUUCUUCAUCUUCAUCUUCUUCUUCGUCGAAAUCCGGAAUUAGAAGAAGCAGCAGCUCCAACUUUAUCCUCUCUAAAGCCCAAUACACCAUUUCCAUCUGCGCCUUGUUCAUCUUCAUCACCCUCCUCCUCUUCACUGUCUCCACCUUCGAACCCACCACCAUUUCCAGAACCCAUCCAACCUCCCCGCGAAGAUUCCUAUCCCAAAAUCCUCGGCCUCCAAAUUACAUUAACAACCCCAAAUCCAAAUCCAAACCCAAACCCAAAAUCAAUACCGCCCGCAAGUCUAUACUCAGUUCUUCAUGGUCGUUCUUCAAUACGUUUACGGAAAAGUCAUACAAUACAUCAAAGACUGCUCUCUCGCCAACUGCGCUACAAGGAAUGGGAAUUCUGUAUAGGCGAGGCACCAAAGCCAUGAACGAUCUUGUCGUUGCUCAUCUAGUGGAGGAUGUGACAGAGGACGACUUCCGGUUGUUUUCGAGAGCCUUGCAUAGGUCUGGGAUCACAGCUAGAGCCGACGUAGUUUUCUUAUUUGCUUCUUCAUCGUUUUCUUCAAGAUUUGGUUCCGUUAUUCAAGAGGAGAACGACUCGUUCUUGAAGCUCAUUCGCCAUUACAAGGACUCGAACAUUACUAGCACUCCAAAGCAGAAAACGGGUUUUGAUGCGACUCAUUUCACGAAGACUGGAGAGAAAGAGAAGAAGGAGUUCGGGGAGCCCAUAUGGGGAAAGAGAGUCAGGAGCAAUUACAGUGACUCAGAUGGUGGGGGAGGGAAAGCUGAGUCGGCCCAGUUGAGUUAUGGAUCAGUGGUGGGGUUUGAAGCGUCUGAGCUUGACCCAGAGAACUCGCUCGCCGGGUUUCUGGACCACGUUCCGAUGAGUUUAAGAAGAUGGGCCUGCUAUUCGAUGCUACUCGGCCGAGUCCGGCGGAACUUCAAGCAUGUUAUGCUGUUGGACGUUAAGAAUUCGAUUGUAGUCGGAGACCCACUCGGCCGAGUCCGGAACCGGACCCCCUUGUCAGUUCAUUUAUCAACCAAGCCAGAGAGUUCGUCUGGGAAGCACAGUAAGACUAACUCGGACAAACCUCACUCCCGUUUUCAAGUCAACUCAGCUGUUAUAAUGGGUGGAACACGAGGAGUCCGGAGAUUAUCGAGUGCCAUGUUAACCGAUAUUGUUCGAGCCUCAAUGCACAAGAAGAACCCGGUCACCGAGUCCACAAUCUUGAGUCAACUCGUUGCCAGUGAGUUUCAAUCGAAGAAUAUAAAUUUGAUGACAUCCACCGAGUCAACCCCGGAUAUGAGCUCAUUCGCUGGUCUAAACUCAGCUCAUUCCACGUCAUCGUCAGAUUACCCUGUAAUCCAACGUGGUAAUAGUAAUUAGAUUUCAGUUCUGUUAUUAGGAAGUUAACAUGUUUGUCUGAAGUGGAUUCUUCUGUUU